UUUUUCUCUUCCUUUUCUCCCUUUGUUGUCCUUGCAGUUCUCCUUCUUUUAUUUCAGCAGAUUAAUUUAAUUUUUCCUUGACGAAUGACGCCGCAUCCAGUUUCUGUUCGUCCGAUGAACAAAUUACCUACACGGCAGCAUUGCCUUAAAGUGAUGAACAAGCUGUUGAAUAACAUCAAUGCUGCAAAAGACGACAGCAACGAUCAUUAUCACAACGACGAGGAGAAUGCCAUAAUUUUUCUCUCGGGAGGCUUAGACUCAGUACGUGAUGGUACAGACGUCGAAAUCGAGUUUCGGCAGUUGAGCGACUUCUUUUAUUUAACAGGGGUGGACGAACCCGGAUUCCAUGUGAUGAUCGAUCUGCAGACUAAGCUUGUGUAUCUUGUUCCUCCGACGGUGCCUGAAAGCGAAACAGUAUGGAAAGGGGCUCCAGACAGCCCAUCCGAAUUGUUACGUAAACACGACGUUGAUCGAAUCAUUAGCGAAAAGGAACUGGCCGAGUUCAUCAUUCAACAAGGCUACCAUAAAGUCCACGUGCUCGAUAGACCAACUUUUAUCAUGAAUAACAGCAGCAAAAAUAGUAAUAGCGACGACAACACCAUCAUCUGUACCACCACCAACAACAACAACAACAACAGUAGCAGUAGCAGCAACAGCAACAGCAACAGCAACACGACAUUCAUGAAUAGCAUUUUUCGAAAUGUGCAUGAAUUACAGUUUGAUACACACACACUGCGGCACGCAUUGAAUGAGGCACGACUCACAAAGUUUCCAUGGGAGAUUGAUGCUAUUCGCCAAGCAACGUUGGUUUCUUCGCGCGCUCACAUGGCUCUAUGGCAACAGCAGCAGCGCUGCCGAGGAGGACAGCAAUCACUAAUCAAAGCGACAAUCACUGAAUCCCAGCUAGCCGCCUAUUUUCGAUGGAUAUGCGCCUGUUCCGGACUAGAUCGACAAGCAUACAUCCCAAUUGUUGCCUCCGGGCCCCGCGCCGCAAUUUUGCAUUACACGCGAAAUAAUAUGCCGUUGCCAAUACAGGAUCCACAUGCUUUGGUGUUGGUGGAUGCCGGAGCCGAAUACCGAUGCUACGGGUCCGAUAUAACAAGGACGUUCCCAGUAACUGGGAAAUUCUCCCCUGAAGCAAAAACAAUUUAUAACAUUGUACUCGCCAUGCAAGAGGCGGUCCUUAACAAAUUAGCCCCCGGGGUCAUGUGGGACGAUAUGGAAGAUUUGGCGGUCCAGGUCCUGUGUAACGAGCUUGUUCGCAUUGGAAUUCUUGUCGGUGACCAGGAUGAGCUCAUCCACCUCGGCGUCCCGUACGCAUUUUAUUUUCAUAGUCUCGGACAUACAGUAGGUUUGGAUGUUCAUGACGUUGGACGCUCCCUUAUGAUGCACCACCCACUUGAACCCAACAUGAUCAUUACUGUCGAACCAGGUCUCUACUUCAAUGAUGCUUAUUUACGUAUCUGGACCGAGUUCCCCGGAUUUUCAAAGUACUUCAAUAUGGAUUUGCUGCAACGUUAUCGUCCUGUCGGUGGUGUCCGAAUAGAAGAUUCUGUAUUGAUUACAGCAACUGGCUGUGAAAACCUGACUGUUGCACCAAAGCAAACCGAGGAAAUCGAAGCUAUCAUGGCAGCGGCAACACCUCCUUCUUCUUCGUCCUCCUCCUCUUCCUCAUUGUCGUUGAACAACGAUAAUAUUAACGACAGUAGCUGCUGGGCAACAAACGAACUUUUACCGUUAUCAUCGCCAUCACUACUUUUACCUCCAGGAUACUAUGGUGGAGGAGGUGAGCAUAACAAUUAUGCUACCAAAGGCGUACGUGUCGAUGACACCCAAACGACUGCUUUGCCAACACCGACAGCAUCACCGUUGAAUGGCAGCUACUGCUUUUGAUGACUACGGGAAAAAGAAAACAUUUUACUUGCACUUGAGCUGAAAAACUCAUCCUCCAAGAAAAACCGCUACAUAGACAGAAUUCCAUAUGUUGUCAAUUAUGCGCUAUUUUAUACCCCCAAAAAAAACCUAUUUCUUUUACAACCUUUCCAGGAAAAAAUGUAGAAAAAAGCUAAUAAAAAG